UACCGCACCUUUAAACAAGCCGUGGUCCUCUGAGACUCACAGCGAGGUGCAGUUUAGAGUGCUUUAGACGACAACCCCGGAGACCACACAUGAGUCAUCUAUUGUGGAAGUGCUAUUGGGAAAACGAUGUCGACAGGUUUCGUCGGCUGCUGGCCCCUGCCGGCUAUUCCCAGAAUCUGUCUAAGAGUCCGGCGGCCGGAGUAGGAGGCUCCAGCGCAUUUGGAAGCUCCCCACGCGCUACCCCCAAGUUGCGAAAGGCCCCUGGCUUUAGCUCUGCGGCUGCCGGGCCGAAGAGUACCGGCAGCAGCUUGGGGAAAGCUGAGGUUAAUAGUCGCGACCAUGCAGGCCUGACCAUUCUCCUCCGAGCUGCCUCGUCCACCUUGUCAACCGCUGUACCCUUCGUCCAAGCCCUCCUCGACCACCCCGCCAUCGAUAUAUACGUGCAGGACUAUGAGAGUGGAUGGAAUCCGUUGCACAGGGCCCUGUACAACGGGAACAUCUCGAUUGCGCGUUUGCUAUUAGAGAAGGAACGGAAUGAUCUGACAAAUUCGCUCGGCGGAGCUACCCCGGUUAAGGUUGGUCAAUUAAUCAAGACCAAGGACCACGAGGGGAACAGUCCCUUUGAUGUCUACAAUGCCACCAUCGCGCUUCGGGUUUUGAAAGCCGACGAGGACCACGAGGGCUCGGAAAAAUCAGGAUCGGACACCGACGAAGGCCCCGAAGGCGAGGACACCAGGCAUCAUGGUAGACUGCCUGGUCUUGGUGAAGAAGCCUUUACUUUCGGCAGCAACAACAAUUUCACCCUAGGCCUUGGCGACGAAGAUGACCGCCAGUUCCCCGAGCGCAUCCAAUUGAAGCGGCCAGACCACCUGGUCCAACGCUUCUACGACCAGUACCUUGAGGAAAAUAAUCGUCAAUCGAAUGGCGAAGAUUCUCUGUCUCUCGAUUCGGCCGGUGUGCCUGCCUUGAUCCAGAAUCGACCCCUGGUGAUCCAAGAUGUUGUGCUUUCCAAACUCCAUAGUGCCGUCCUCACGACUGACCCCGUGUCUAACCUGUAUGUCUGCGGCAUCGGCCGCGGCGGUCGCUUGGGUCUCGGUGACGAGAAUACCCGUUUCAAUUUCAUCCCCGUUCAAGGCGGGCUCUCUCAGAAGAAAGUGGUGCAAGUCUCCCUUGGCCAGAACCACUCUAUGGCCGUCACCAGCGCCGGCGAACUCUGGACAUGGGGCAUGAACACUUACUCACAGCUUGGGUUUGCCCUGCCACCCCCAGCGAAGUCCGAUGAGGAACCCACGAGUGCGAUUCCGCGCCAGGUGUUCGGCCCGUUGAAGAAGGAAAUCAUAGUUGGCGUAGCUGCUUCUGCAAUCCACUCCGUGGCGCAUACCGGCUCGUCUCUGUUCUGCUGGGGUAAGAAUGUCGGUCAGCUUGCCCUGAUGGAUGCAGAUUCCAGAUCGCUCGAGGUCCAGACCAUCCCUAGGAAGGUUGCCGCCACUUUGCUCUCAAGUCACUCCUCAAUUGUCAUGGUGUCGGCCAUCGACAAAGCUACUUCCUGUCUGUUUGAGGACCACACAGUCUGCGUCUUCACGAGUUACGGAUACAACAUGAUUAAAUUCUCAUCUUAUGAUCCCUUUACGAAUUCGCCGCUCCGACGUUCCGUACAGUUGUCCAUGUCAUCUCGAUACGACUCUGGCCGCCGCGGGGUACGUCAGAUCGCAUCCGGUGGAGAAACUAUAGCCGCAGUGACAGGCAGCGGCGACCUCUUCACCAUGAUUCUCAAUCAUAAAGUCGACGGUAACCAAUCCGCAACCUCCACAACGAAUCCGUCCAAGAUCAAAGACGCCGUGACGACACCACAGUGUAUUUGGAGCUCUAAGAAGGACGGUGUCAAAUCCGUUACCGUUGGAGAAAAUGGCUCCGUCAUGAUCUCUACGCAGUCUGGCGCAGUCUGGCGCCGUAUCAAGCGACCCAGAGCCAAAGACACCAAAUCAGCUGGCGUGUCUGACUCCAAGCGUAAAGAUUUUAAGUUCCAGCGUGUUCCGUAUAUUACCGAUAUAGUGGCUGUCAGAAGCUCUGCAUUCGGUGCGUAUGCGGCGGUCCGGAAGGACUGUGACGUGACACGGGAACAACUCGUGGUUGAUGCACCGACCCUAUGGGAGGAUGUGGCCCCAUUGCUACCCCUCGCUGGAUUCAAGGCCUUGAACUCUAAAGCCCGAGAGAACAAGGGCACGUGGAAAUUUCACGACCCGGAGGUGUUGAGGGGUCGGGUGGAUGCCCUAGCAUACGAGGUAUUGACAUCUACCGACCUCGACCAAGACCUUCAAGCACAUCUUACAAGUUGGAGCUUCCAACACGAGGGCCUCGGCACGGUUAUUCGCACUGCUACCUACCCCAAAUUGGCAAUCCCUGUGCAUUCCUGGAUUCUGUCAGCAAGAAGUCCGCAGCUUCGAGCUGGGCAGCAACGAUUCAUGGAAACCGGGGUUUGCGAAAUCCCGGAUCUACUGAGCAUUAGCCAGCAGGAUGGCGCUGUAAGCGUGGAACUGACUGACGGCGUUGAUAUAAUCACCUUAAUUAACCUCGUCGUCUAUAUGUACAGCGAUAAGGUCAUCCCAGCUUGGAAUUUCACUCGGCAGUCAAAGCCUCUAGCUCACAGGUAUCGUCAGGUCCGUACGGAACUGAUGAAAUUGGCCACGAAGCUUGGCAUGGUUGACCUAGAAGCCGCGGUGAGGACGCAGACCUCGCCAGCACGCUCUAUGAACCGCGACUUCAGGAUAGCAAUCGAGGAUCCGGCCUUCUUUGCGGACGGCGAUGUUCUAUUGGAACUUGGUGGCGACGAGAUCCCCGUUCACAGUGUCAUGCUUUGCCAAAGGUGUCCAUGGUUCAAAGGUCUUUUCAAUGGCCGCUCACAGGGUAUGUGGCUAGAGUCUCGCCGCGCAGCACAGAAUUAUUCGGGUCGCAUCAAUCUCGACAUGAAGCAUAUGAAUCCAGAGUCGUUCCACUACGUUCUCCAGCAUCUGUACUCCGAUGUUGGCGAAGAGCUCUUCAACGACGUAAUUGCGGAUAAUAUCGACGACUUUUCCGAAUUAGUCAUGGAUGUCAUGAGCCUCGCUAACGAGCUCAUGUUGGAUCGCCUGUCGCAGAUCUGCCAGAAAGUCAUUGGCCGUUUUGUCACUACUCGAAAUAUCUCGACUCUGCUUAAUCUCAUCAGCCCCUGUUCUGUCACUGAGUUUAAGGAUAAGGGGCUCGAGUACAUCUGCCUCCAGAUGGAGUCAAUGCUUGAAAACCACUUGCUCGAUAAUCUUGACGAAGACCUCCUUUUGGAGCUUGACGGAGUCGUCAGGGAUAAUCAAUUAGCCAGAUGUCCGUUUGCACGAAGCGGAAGAGUUGACUUACUCCUACACGAGCGUAACCCUGAAUUGGCUCAGGAAAUCGACGAAGAAAGACAAAGACGGGUGAAAGAGAUCGCCUUCAGGGCGGCUCAGAGAGAUGACGAGAGGAAGCUCUCGUCCUCGUUCAAAGUCCGUUUUGGAAGUCUCGAGGACACCGCCAGCAUCUCACCAACACCGGACAGAGCAAGGAGGAAGUCUAAGGCCGUUCAAAAUGAACCCUUCAGCCCCCAGCUCCGGCCUAAGGAUUCUUAUGCGGACCUCAUUUUCGAUAUGGACGACGAAGGAUCGCCUGGUCCUGGAAGUCCUGCGUCUCCAAGCCCCCAACCUUUACGCUCCAGCGGGCGGGAAGACUUGGAUCAUCUGCCAGCUCUCUCUGGUCCUUGGCGGGAUUCGAAAGGCAAAGUCGUCGCAGAUAGCACCACGACCAAUAUCAGCCCUCACGCUUUGAUGCCACGCUCAAAUCCUCCCCCCACCGCGCCAUCUGCCCAUAUCACGAGACGUAUCCCGUCCGGUGGUAACCCAUGGGGGCCGUCGGCUCCACCCCCUGUACGGCUAGAUUUACGUCAGGUACUAGCAGAAUCUCGGCCUACACAGUCGGCCCUCUCUGCAGGGUUGGCUGCCGAGAAAAAGGACACUGCUACUAAGGCAGCUCCAAAGAUUUCCCAGAAGGAGAGGAAAAAGCAGCUGCAGCAGCUACAAAUAGAGGAGGCCUCUAGGCAAGAAUCGCAAUCUCAGCGGUCUCAGUCGCCAUGGGUCAGAGCCGGAGAAAAGAAUGAGAGUCCUUGGCAAAAAGGCCCAUCAAUUCCCAAGACACCUUCCGCAGUCGCGGUCGAACCUGCGGCGGGACCGUUAGAGGCGCCACCCAAACCAAAGCAGCUUCUUGUAGCGGAAAUGUCGUCUAGAAAGUCGAUGUCACGACGCACGGCGUCUCCCGACACCCGAUUUUCCGGCCAGAAGGCCCGCCCUGGAAUCCAAGCACCUACGGUACCCACCCAGCCCAGUCACAAUCCCCCGGCCCCGUAUUCGAAAUCCUACAUCAAGCGAGCGCCUAAGCCAGAGCAGGAGAUGGGACUCGGUCUAGCAGAUAUCACCGGGGAGCAGCGACGUGAACAGCAAGUCGUACGCGAAGCGGUCGCCAAACGUAGCUUACAGGAAAUACAGCAAGAGCAAGCUUUCCAAGAAUGGUGGGACCAGGAAAGCAGACGAACACAAGAAGAGGAAGCAAGGCGAGUCGCGCGCGAGGAAGGCAAAGAUAAGAAGAAAGAGUCUGGCGCCAACAGCAGCAGGAGAGGCCGCAAUAAGCUGAAAGGAAACGGCGGCGCCAACAAUAACGAUGUUGGAGGGGGCGGGACCGUCGGUGGCAGCAAUAACGCUCAAGAAGCAGGGCCGAGUUCCGGUAGAGGACGAGGACGCGGGCAUAGAGGAAAACCAUAACAGACGGCGAGCUGUGGCGCAUCAGCCUCGACCCGACUCUCCUAGUGCCAAGGGGAGUGAUGGUCCGUGGAUUUGGGAGAGGGGAGUAGGCACUCUCGUGCCCGCCCUCGUUCUCGAUGGUUCGGAUGAGCACGGAGUUUCGGGACGUUUCCCGUCCCGGCGUAAUAAGCACUUUCGGUAGUUCUGCUGUGGGUGCCGCA